CAGCGCUGGCUGCUGCUGUGGCCUGACCCCAGGAGGCCCAGGAAUGGUUGAGGGAGGGGAGGAGCCAGCAAGCGCCUGCCGUGGCCAGGCACAGGGCUGAGCUUGCGGUGGCCCAGAUCCUCCUUAACCCUUGGCCACCCCGAGUGUGGUGCUGCCGCUGUCCUCAAAUUCCAGAUGAGAGACUCGAGGUGGAGGGGCUGAAGUCCCCAGCACAUGGUCUGCCUACCGCCGAAGCCUAGUUUUCAGUGACGGCUCUUUAUUGCCGGAAUUAAUGAACACUAAUUAACAGCUUUAUAACACUGUGUGAGCGCUUGUCAUGUAUUAGCCAUUUAAUGCUCACAAUCAUAUGAGGGAGGUGGAAUCAUUAGCCUCAUUUUACAAAUGAAGAAACUGAGGGUCCAAGAGGUUCAGUACCUUGCCCAGGGUUCAAAGCUGGGAAGUAGCUGAGAGAAGAUUUGCACCCACGCCGUCUGGCCCAGAGUCCAAGGUCGUAACACAAUGAAUGAACAAGUGAUUUAUGCCUGGGAGGGGCCUCCUACUCCCCUCCUCCAUUGGUAGCCCUGCCACCUUCCAGGGAUGUCCUCAUAGGGUUGCCAAAAAAAAUACAGGAUGCCUGGUUAAAUGUGAAUUUCAGAUAAACAACGAAUAAUUCGGGACAUACUUAUACUAAAAUAUAUUUGUUGUUUAUCUGGAAUUUGAAUUUAACUGGGCAUCCUGAAUUUUAUCUGGCCACCCUAUCUCCCCAGAGCCCCUGUCCUUGCCUGUGCCCCUGGUGCUCCGCCCUGCCCCUAAUCCUCCCAGUGAGCUGGGCCCUGAGUCGGCAGAAUCCCACUCCCUUCCCUUCCCAGGAUUCUGCACACACCACACAGGGCAGGAGGGCUCUCCUGAUGGCCGGCCCAGGACGUCUCCUGCAGGGCCUGACGGAGGACGAGGACGUGCACGCCAUGCUGCGGGGCUCCCGGUUCCGCAAGAUCCGCUCGCGGACGUGGCACAAGGAGCGGCUGUACCGGCUGCAGGAGGAUGGCCUGAGCGUGUGGUUCCAGCGGCGCAUCCCGCGCGCGCUGUCGCAGCACAUCUUCUUCGUGCAGCACAUCGAGGCCGUCCGCGAGGGCCACCAGUCAGAGGGCCUGCGGCGCUUCGGGGGCGCCUUCCCGCCAGCGCGCUGCCUCACCAUCGCCUUCAAAGGCCGCCGCAAGAACCUGGACCUGGCGGCGCCCACGGCCGAGGAGGCGCAGCGCUGGGUGCGCGGCCUGGCCAAGCUGCGCGCGCGCCUCGACGCCAUGAGCCAGCGCGAGCGCCUCGACCACUGGAUCCACUCCUAUCUGCACCGGGCUGACUCCAACCAGGACAGUAAGAUGAGCUUCAAGGAGAUCAAGAGCCUGCUCAGAAUGGUCAACGUGGACAUGAAUGACAUGUACGCCUACCACCUCUUCAAGGAGUGCGACCACUCCAACAACGAGCGGCUGGAGGGGACUGAGAUCGAGGAGUUUCUGCGGCGGCUGCUGAAACGUCCCGAGUUGGAGGAGAUCUUCCAUCGGUACUCGGGCGAGGACCGUGUGCUGAGCGCCCCCGAGCUGCUGGAGUUCCUGGAGGACCAGGGCGAGGAUGGUGUCACGCUAGCCCAUGCCCAGCACCUCAUCCAGACCUAUGAGCUCAAUGAGACAGCCAAGCAGCACGAGCUGAUGACACUGGAUGGCUUCAUGAUGUACCUGUUGUCACCCGAAGGGGCUGCCCUGGACCCAGCCCACAUGUGUGUGUUCCAGGACAUGGACCAGCCCCUUGCCCACUACUUCAUCUCCUCCUCCCACAAUACCUAUCUGACCGACUCUCAGAUCGGGGGACCCAGCAGCACCGAGGCCUAUGUUAGGGCCUUUGCCCAGGGAUGUCGCUGUGUGGAGCUGGACUGCUGGGAGGGGCCAGGAGGGGAGCCCGUCAUCUACCAUGGCCACACGCUCACCUCCAAGAUCCUCUUCCGAGACGUGGUCCAGGCUGUGCGUGACCACGCCUUCACGCUGUCCCCAUACCCUGUCAUCUUGUCCCUCGAGAACCACUGCGGGCUGGAGCAGCAGGCUGCCAUGGCCCGCCACCUCCACGCCAUCCUGGGGGACAUGCUGGUGACACAGGCACUGGACUCCCAGAACCCUGAAGAGCUGCCGUCCCCAGAGCAGCUGAAGUGCCGGGUCCUGGUGAAGGGGAAGAAGCUGCCAGCUGCCCGGAGCGAGGAUGGCCGAAUUUUACCCGACCGGGAGGAGGAGGAGGAAGAGGAGGAGGAAGAAGAGGAGGCAGAGGCCGCAGAACAGAGGCGGCUGGCCAAGCAGAUCUCUCCGGAACUGUCGGCCCUGGCUGUGUACUGCUGUGCCACCCGCCUGCGCACCCUGCGCCCCGCCCCCGCCCCGCCUCAGCCCUGCCAGGUCAGCUCCCUCAGCGAGCGCAAGGCCAAGAAGCUCAUCCGAGAGGCAGGGAACAGCUUCGUCAGGCACAACACCCGCCAACUGACCCGUGUCUACCCGCUGGGGCUUCGGAUGACCUCGGCCAACUACAGCCCCCAGGAGAUGUGGAACUCCGGCUGUCAGCUGGUGGCCCUGAACUUCCAGACGCCAGGUUAUGAGAUGGACCUCAAUGCUGGGCGCUUUCUUAUCAACGGGCAGUGUGGCUACGUCCUGAAACCUGCCUGCCUGCGGCAGCCUGACACAACCUUUGACCCUGAGUGCCCUGGACCCCCCAGAACUACUCUCACUAUCCAGGUGCUGACUGCACAGCAGCUGCCCAAGCUGAACGCCGAGAAGCCAAACUCCAUCGUGGACCCCCUGGUGCGCGUUGAGAUCCAUGGGGUGCCCACAGACUGCGCUCGAAAGGAGACCAACUACGUGCUCAACAACGGCUUCAACCCCCGCUGGGGGCAGACCCUGCAGUUCCAGCUGCGGGCUCCGGAGCUGGUGCUGGUCCGAUUCGUGGUAGAAGAUUAUGACGCCACCUCCCCCAAUGACUUUGUGGGCCAGUUUACGCUGCCUCUCAACAGCCUGAAGCAAGGGUACCGCCACAUCCACCUGCUUUCCAAGGACGGGGCCUCACUGUCACCAGCCACGCUCUUUGUCCACAUCCGCAUCCAGCGCUCCUGAGCGCCCGACUGGCCCACCCUGGGGUUGUGCCGGUGCCAGUCUGCACCCUGCGGCAGACUCUCUCCUCCUUCCGAGUGGAGGGGCGGUGGGAGUGCCAGCCUCUCCAGCCUGCCCACUUUGCCCGCUCCCCAGACUCUAGUACCAAGUGGGUGCUGAGGGUGGCCUCGGCCCCUCCUGAAGAACAGGCGGUUGACCUUUUCCCUGCAAUCGCCUUGAGAUGGCCCCAGCUCCUUGGGUCCUCAGCCCACCCGCUAGUCGUGGCUUAUGAAGAGCAGGCCUGUUGCUGCCAGACUUGGGGAGCAAGACACAUGCGCCCUCAGCCCCUCUCUGCCCAACAGCAGGGCCACCCCAGCCUCCUUCCCCCAAAGGAGUCCAGCUCCCUCUUACUCCUCCCAGGCAUUAGCCACCCCCUAAGGCCCUCCCUCCCCUGAGGCUUUUCUGGCCUCGCUCCAGCUCUUGAACGUGAGCUCCCUUCUUGGAGCAAGAAGGGAGAGCUGAGGCCUGAAGCCCUGGGGAAACCUAGGAGUAGGAUUUGAACUUGUGUCACAGAAGAGUCCUGGAGAGGGUAGGAGAACAAGACUAUCUAUUUUAAAAAAUAAAAAAGCAAGUUUAUUUAACCACUGCCACCCCCUGAGCACCUGUGAGGCCAGGCACACCCACAGGCCCACGAGGAG